AUGUUUUCAGACAUGUGGAGCAAUUUCGCUGAGGGCCUUGGGUGCAGAAACCCAAAGGUCAACGCCAAUGAUGAGGUGUCGUUCGCCUCUAGCCCAGCGCUCGAUGAGCUUGAUCCAGAAGAGGACAAGUGGAGUGACGAGGAGCUCUUGAAGUGCUUUGAGCAGGAAGCUGUCAGGAUCAAGGCCAGUCUCACUGAUAUUCAUUUCGAGGACUUGGCCACGAGCUUGUCGACGCGCUGGCUGAAGCGAAUCGUCAAGGACGAUGGCGAUGAGAAGCGCAGAGGCCGACACCUCCGAGCGCUCCUCCGGAGCCGCGCGCUGGACAUUCUGUUGUCAACCCUGACCCGCUCUGAGGUGGGCCGGCAAGCCAUCUACGUAGCUUCCAGCAUCGAUCCCGAAAGGGAAAGCAUCGAAUGCGCUCACAUCUCGCCGGCGGUGCCCCUGCGACUGCUCCUGUCGAGAGCAUCGGACGUGCCCGGAGCAUUGAUGGGAUCCAUGCUCGUGCUGCUGUCCGUCGUAGGAAGACAAGAUGCCAAAGCAGCAGCCCUCUCGCAGUCACAAGACUUGCACUGGGUCCUGCUGCUGCUCUCAGCAGCGAUGGUGGACUCCAGCGAGGUCCCGGUGCGCAUGAGCCAGCGCAACGUCCAGGUCGUGGAGGAGUCUAUGGCGAAGGUGGUGGAGUGGUGGAAGGCAACCGUGCAACCACUGGGCGAUGCCUCCACCCGCUUCACGCCUGGCGAUGCUGUCUGGGCCGAGUGGCCGCGGAAUGGGCGCUGGUUCCGUGGUGAGGUGCAGCAGAUGACCGAUGAGGACCACAUUUUCAUUAAGUGGCUUGAACGCCCAAGCAACGUGAAGGGAGGCCACGAGGACGACUACAUCGUGUCAGUCGUGGGGGAGGCCUUCAACUUCAACGAGUCCACCGCCGUGCUGCGAAUCGCAGUUCUGCCGGCCAACGUGGCGCGGCCACAGCCGAUCCCGGACCUGGAGGAAGAAGGCUGGUCUCAGCUCAUGGACGCUGCCGAGAACCUCACUGCAAAGUUUCACGAGUUGCGCACGCUCUUCGAGGACUUGGGGAAGGACAACCCAGCGGAGCUUCAGAAGAUGUCCGAGUUCGAGAAGAAGAAGUCUGCGGAGGCGGUCAAGACGCUCACCGCCACCGCCGAUUCCAUUGCGCGCCUGAGAAGCGAUUUCGACCAGCGGGCCCAGGCCUCCAACGGCUCGGUGCCCUUUCUGAGCGAGGCCCUGGUCAUCGCCAGAAGCCCACUUAGCGCAGCGUUUGAUUUUCGCCCGGGAGAUGGACGGCUCCCACGCGCGGCUCCUGAAAAAGCGGGGCCAGGUGGCCGCAAGCUGCCUGGAUGCGGAGAGGCUCCGAGGUCGGCAGCUCGAGGAGCUGCUGAACGGCCUGCAUUCCGCCGUCUAUGGCGAGGAUGCGCCCUUCCUGGUGCAGGACUCCGCCUCGGUGCAGAAUACCAAGAACAUCAUCAUCAGCGGUAUGAAGCUGGCGGACCAGUGCUGGAGAGAAGCCGUCCAGUUCGCCGCUGA